CGGCAGAGAUCAGUAUGGUGAAGGAGUCCGCAGUGGUGAUAAUCUGCACGAACGAAGUCGCGCCAGGCGAGAAGCCGAAUGUGAAGCACAAUUUGAAAGUCUUCAAGAAAAUCAUACCAGCCGUGGCGAGGUUCGCGUGCAAAUCGGUUCUCCUGGUCGUUACGCAACCGAACGAGGUGAUGUCAUACGUCGCUUGGAAACUGUCAGGAUUUCCCUCUAACCGUGUCCUGGGUAUCGGCACUGUGAUAGACUGUACGAGAUUUCAAGAUUACCUAAGCCGAAGAGUAAACGUGGCGCGAAGUUCGGUGACUUGCAUGGUGGUCGGAGCGCAAGGAGAUAUGGCUGUUCCCAUAUGGUCGAGCGUCCACGUAGGUGGAAUGAAGCUUCGCGAUAUAAAUCCGAGGAUAGGCGAGCAAGACGACCCCGAGAAGUGGUACGAAAUCGCGGACAACGUGAAGAACGCUUAUUUUGCGCGUGCACGUUUCAGUGGCGCGCAACUGGAGGGGAAGAAAGGAUCGUGUUGCUGGGGAGUCGCUGUCUCCACGGCGGAGAUCGUCGAUGCCAUUGUCAGGAACACCAAAGUCGUGCUUCCCGCGUCAACGCACAUUCUCAGUUGCGCUCACGGCACGGACAAGGACGUGUACAUGUCGGUGCCCUGCGUGAUCGGUCGAGAGGGUGUCUACUGCACGGUGCGGCAGAAGCUGUCCGAACAGGAGAAAUCCGCGAAGUUACUCGACACCGUCUGGAACACCACGACGUUUCUGCUCACCAAGCAGCCGGAGGACUUUGUAGAGAGUCAUCGCGUUAAGAUCGUCAUCGUCGGCAGCGGUUACACCGGAGUUGCGGUUGGAAUUGCGAUCCUCUUCAAGCGUCUGGCCUCGGAGGUGGUGUUCAUAGACGCGGACGAGGAAUUGGCGAAAGCAGAGGCGGAAGACAUCAGCCACGCGGCGGCGUUCCUCGGCGAUCCGAAGAUUCUCGGCACCAAAGACUACUCCAUGGCUAGAGAGGCGACGGUGUGCGUGAUCACCGUGGGGGAUAAAGCAACGAGCGAGGACGACGGCUCUCUGUUGGAUAAUAAUUUGACUAUUUUUAAGGACGUUAUCCCGAAGGUCUGCAAAUACGCGCCAAACAGCAUACUUUUGAUCGUGACGGCACCAGUGGACAUACUGUCGUACGCGGCAAUGAAACUCUCAGGCUUCCCGCCGCAUCGUGUCAUGGGGCUGGGAACAUUUCUGGACAGUUGUAGGCUUCAGUACUUCAUCGCGCAGAAGCUUGGAAUAUCGGCGAGCUCGGUGCAAGCCUCUGUUAUUUGCGAGAACGGGCCGACGUCUGUGCCCAUCUGGUCCGCCGUGACGGUCAUGGGGAUCAAACUGAAGGACAUCAACAGAGACAUCGGUACUAAAUCGGACCCAGAGUCUUGGGGUGAACUGCACGCGAAAGUAAUCGAGUCCGAUAGAGAUCUUAUCACGAGGAAGGGAUAUCGCUGCUGGGGCAUUGGUAUCUGCGCUGCCGAGGUCGUGGACGCCAUCGUGCGAAAUACCUGUAUCUGCAUCACCCUGUCCACCUACUUAAAGGGUUGUCGGCACGGUCUCGAGAAAGAUGUCUACAUGUCUCUGCCCUGUAUAGUUGGCAGAAAUGGCGUACAAACGCUUCUUCGUCAUCCGUACACGACGGAGGAACAAGAACAGACGGAGAACUCUUGCAGAGCCAUUUACGAGACUCAGAAAUCGAUUCUUCAUACUUUGGAAUAA